AUGCCCUCUUUUGCUUUUUUUUUUUUUUUUGCGAAAGAACAAUUUUCUUUGGUGUUUUUCUACCUCUUACUUGUUUCCUUUGAGCUGAUUCCAACACCAAUCCUGUGA